UACCCGUUGGUAAACCAGACACAAUACAUUUUAAUUGUCUUGGAUCUCUUGAGACGUGAGGGGUUAAAAUGAGUUCUGCAUUUUCCGAAAGGAUCGAAUUGGAUGAUGUACUUAGAAGGUUUACUUUGUCACAAAAGUAUCAUGUGGUGUUGGGGUUCCUUCUUUUUAUUGCGUUUGCUUCGAAUUCUCUAACGGGCAGCCAGUUUGUGUUCGCAGCUGAUUAUGUUCAGUACAAGUGCCACAGUUCACUUGCACAGUGUGGUGUGAAUACGAUAAAGAAUGUGACAUUUGAAAACCAGUUUGAUCAGCAGUGCUAUGAGAGGGUGCCACUAGACGAGGCUGCAACUUGCCUCGAGGUGAACCAAUCCAAGCUCGUGCCCUGCAAUGACUGGGUCUAUGAGAACCCUGACAGCUUUGUGGCGGAGUUCCAGUUGGCUUGUCAAGAAUGGAAGAGAACUCUGGUCGGCACUAUGCACAGUUUUGGAAACAUGAUUGGCUUGCUGAUCGUUGGUCCUGUAUCCGAUAGAAUAGGAAGAAAAAAAGCUUUAAUAAUAACUGGAUUUCUUGGAGGAGUUUUGGGAUUGGCUAGAAGUUUCUCAGCCCAAUACUGGCUGUACAUUGUUUUGCAAACAGUAGAAACAGCUGUGGGUGAUAUCUGCUCUCCUGCUUUCAUGUUAGCUGUUGAAGCAGUAUCGGCGAGAGAUCGAGCAAAAUUUUUCAUGAUUACCCAAUUAGGGUACCAAUUUGGAAACUUGGUACUUGUGUUGAUGGCCUGGCUGUUUCCGUAUUACCGAACCUUUUUGCAAGUCGUCUACGCCCCAUUGAUGCUCUUCAUACUAUACACAUACCUCAUAGAUGAGAGCCCAAGAUGGCUACUUACGAAAGAAAGGAAAAAUGAAGCACUUGAAAUUUUAGAAAAAGCUGCAAAGACCAAUAAAAUUGUUCUUGAAAAGGGUUUGCUAGAAAAUAUUACGUGCGAAAAGGAAGAGAAAACCGAAGAGAUUGGAUAUUUAAUGUUGCUAAAAACCACAUUUUCUUCCAAAAUGUUGCUACAAAGGUUUUUGAUUUGCGUAGUAUGGUGGUUCACUAGCACCUUCGUAUCCUAUGGGUUAACUGUCAAUUCAGUUUUGUGGGGCGGCAACAAGUAUUUGAACUACGCGUUCAUAACCAUUAUAGAUAUUCCAGCUGUUUUCAUUAUGGGCUACGUUUUGAAAAGAUUCCAGAGGAAAAAGCCUUUAAUUUGCUCAUUUUCAUGUGCAGCAUUGUUUUUCCUUAUUCAACCAUUCUUGCCAGCUGAUAUGACAUGGCUGUCCUUAGCUUUUUUUUUAGCUGGAAAGUUUAUGGCUUCAAUAUUUUUCAACAUUACAUACGUGUUUACAUCGGAAUUGUUUCCUACUCAUACUAGAAACUCAAUGCACGCUCUAUGCUCAUCUUUGGGACGAAUUGGUUCAAUACUGGCUCCACAGACACCAUUGCUGUUGUCUUACUGGGCCGGUCUUCCAGCUGUGCUCUUCGGUUCAGCAUCAGCCCUCGCAGCCAUCGUCACUAUAUUUGUACCUGAUACAGCUGAUGACACUCUACCUGACACGGUGCGACAAGCCGAGGUUGUGGGACAGAGAAAGAAGAGUUUGGCAUAAUAAUCCAGUCCUUAGUGCCAAUUUCUUCAUUGUUGGUUAUCUAACCGACAGGGAUUGAUUUAUAAAUUAAACGUCAUCUCCAUAUAAAAUUCAUGACUGAUGUAUCAAAAGUUAACCAUUACUCCCUGGUUAUGCUUUAACCGAGAAUGGAGAAAUUGGCACUUAAGCCGCUACAAGGGUUCCUUAUUGAUGUCGAUAGACUCUGUUAAUGCGCGCUCCACAAAUUACGGCGCCGUAUUCGUGGCGAACCGCGAUAUGGUAACGUUUAUCUAAGUCGAUAACGAACCCGUGUAGAGGCAGCUGUGUUGUUGAUAAAUAAAUUUAAC